AUGGUGACGAGCUGCGGGGGCGAAAGGUGCCACGAAUCUCGGCCCCUUCCGAUUACGGUAUUCCUUGUCUGGAGGCUCCGACGGGCGCGGCAAGUGUGCCGAGAAUGUGAUGGGGAUGAAGAUCGGGGUGAGGCUGUUGAUGAAUUCUUGUUUUGUUGUUGUUGGAUGGCAGUGGGUGAUCUCUGGGCCGUGCUCGUGAGAACUGGGGUCUGUGUGUUAAUACUGCAGAGUAAAAAGUGGUAG